GUGUCCUAAAGGAUUAUCUGCGAGAGCUGCCCUCUCCCCUGAUAACCAAGCAGCUCUACGAAGCGGUGUUGGAUGCCAUGGUGAAAAAUCCCUUGAAAAUGACAGCAAGUGGUUGUGAGAAUGACCCAGGUGACUCCGAGCACACAGCAGCCCUUCUGGAUUGCCUGCCAGAUGUUGAGAAGGCUACCCUGAAGAUGCUGUUGGAUCACCUGAAGCUGGUGGCUUCUUACCACGAAGUAAAUAAGAUGACGUGCCAGAACUUAGCUGUGUGCUUCGGGCCCGUGUUACUGAGCCAGAGGCAGGAGACCACAAACCAUAACAACAGGGUCUUCACAGACUCAGAAGAGCUUGCCAGUGCCCUGGACUUCAAAAAGCACAUCGAGGUUCUUCACUAUUUACUCCAGCUGUGGCCAGUCCAUCACUCGCCUGCCAAAGAGCCGGCACAUUUGAAUGCAUCUCCCGAGCACCCAUCCUCCCUGAACUACCUGAGGCCCAAGAGACAGAGACCUCAGAUGCUGAACCUGAGCGGUACCGAGAUGUGCGGGGUGCUCAGACCGAGGCCAGCGGGUCUCGACAGCCCGUCGAGCAACCGCUACGCUGGAGACUGGAGCCAGUCCAUCACUCGCCUGCCAAAGAGCCGGCACAUUUGA